AUGUCUAGCGACAAGCGUGAAGUAUGGGCCAAGCCGCCACCGGACGAGUUCACCUCCAUGCGCGACGACUUCAAGGUCUUCACCAUCGAGGACCGAGCCACGGUGCCCGCGGGUGCGACUAUCGUUACAUCCAAGUUCGUCUGGAAAACGAAACGGAACGCACUCGGCGAAGUCACUGGACACAAGGCAAGGCUGGUCGCGCAAGGCAAUCGGCAACGCGACGGCAUCGACUUCAACGAAACGUUCGCACCGGUCGCACGCUUCUCCUCGAUACGCUCACUCCUCGCGCUGGCGGCCGCCAACGGCUUGCACGUGCACCAGGCGGACAUCGACAAAGCAUAUCUGCAUGGCGACCUUGACCACGACAUCUGGAUGACGGCACGCGCGGCUUCGACCUUCCCAGCGACAAGGUGCUUCGCCUGCGACGCUCCAUCUACGGGCUCAAACAGGCUGGCCGAAUCUGGAAUCGACACAUCGACGCUUCGCUUCGGGCCCUCGGUUACACGGCGACGGGCACCGACCACUGCGUAUACUCUUGGCUCGAUGAUCGUCAAUGUCCACACUACAUCGCACUGUACGUCGACGACCUCCUGAUGAUCAGCCCGGAACUGGCCGAAAUCGAACGUGUCAUCUCAGGCCUGGACCAACGCUACGGAGUCAAGCGCCUCGGCCCGGCCGAGUAUAUCCUCGGCAUCCAGAUCAGGCGUUCGACGACGGCUCUAUCGCCCUAUCCCAGGAACGGUACAUCAUGGACGUGCUCGCUCGGUUCCACUUCGACACCACGACUCGCGGCACUACAGUUCCGAUGACUCCCGGCCUUUCGCUCACUGCUAUCCCGGGUCAAGGCACCGAACGGAUCAGGUCAUGGUAUCUGCAGGCUAUCGGCUCGCUCCUCUACAUUUCGCUCGGUACCCGCCCUGACAUCGCCUUCGCCGUGUCCUACCUGGCCCGCUUCGCCAACAACCCCGGUCGUCGUCAUUGGAUUGCGGUCAAGCACAUCCUACGCUAUCUCCGGGCCACGUAUCGCAACGAACUCGUGUAUGCUCGCGGCCAGGCUCGCAUCACGGGUGUGGUAGGCUACUCCGACGCGAACUGGGGGCCUGCAUCGACACAUCGGUGUCCACCAUGGGCUACGUCUUCUACAUCGCUGGCUCGGCCGUGUCCUGGUCGUCCAAACGCCAGUCUCGAGUUGCCGAUUCGACCACCGACGCUGAAUACCUCGCCCUCUCGCAUGCUGGCAAGGAAGGGAUUUACCUCAGUCAGCUGCUCGAAGAGCUCCAUGUACAACCUGUUGCACCGGCUCACAUCUUUACUGACAACGAAGCCGCUGCUGCAGUUGCUCACGAUCCUGUCCGCGUCUCUGGCACUCGGCACAUACGCUUGCGUGAGCACUUCGUUCGGGACAUGGUGAAUCGGGGCGACAUCUCUCUCUCGCAUGUGGGUACCAGCGACAUGGUGGCCGACAUCUUCACCAAGGCUCUCGGCCCAAAGGUCUUCUCAACGCACUGCUACGCCCUCGGCCUUCGCACUCGACACCCGCGGCUUGGGUCUGCCUCGCAUUCGCGUGGGGGGGGGGUGUGA